CAGUCCCGAAAGGAAAGAAAGCCGCGAAAGGUGGACUGUGCCAAGAUCGCAAAAAGAAAGACAGAUUAUGUGAGCACAAAAUGAAAAGCAGAAUCGAAUCUGCUGCAGCAGCAGUUUGCAGUGUACCGAUAUCUAUGGCAAACGGAGAAUAGCUCUAGACGACUACCUUCUCAACAAGCAGCAUCAUGGAAGGCCUUCUAGACUGGGCCGAGUCGAACGGAAUCUAUUUCAGCGACGACAUUGAGCUGGGCAAAGACGAAACUGGAUCCAUUGGGGUAUCCUGGAAGAACAACACCGACCGAUCCACACAGAACAGCAACGACGAGGACGAAGGCUAUACAACCCUCUUAGAGAUUCCAAUCGAGUCCGUUCUCAUGUCUUCUAUGCUGGAUAGUUCUCUGCAGCAGAAAGUGGAAGAAGCGUGUCAUUUGAAGAAGCUACAAGAUCAAGAAGAGCAAUCCCCACCGAUUCCUGGAAGUGAUUCCCCCGAGGACCUGGUCGAAGACUUUACUUUGGUACUGCUCGUCCUUCAAGAGUUAUCCAAAGGCCGAGAGAGCAAGUGGUACAAGUGGUUCCAAACCCUGCCCACGACCUUCCAGACACCCAUGUACUGGGAUCCGGUGGAACGCGAGUAUGCCAAUCAGUUAGGGCUCAAGUUCGGAAUCCAACAAGCGGAUAAGAUUUGGGAAGACCUACUCUUUGUGCUCCGGACAGCUCUUCCUUCCCAUACGUACAGCCCAAGUACCAUCCAAUGGGCAUACUCCAUUUAUACCACUCGAUGUAUGAGCAUUCAAACCCACAAUGGACAAGAGGUUACCUGUCUCCUUUGUGUAGGGGACAUGUUCAACCACCGAUCCAGUGGCACCACGGUCGAAUUCCCACACCAAGAAUCUCCCGACGGUCCUGUUCUCAUCAAGAUAUCCAACCAAGAUGCUGCCACCAACAGCACUGCCAAAAGUCAAGGCAUUUACAUGAACUAUGGCUACCGCUUUCAACCGGCUCGUUUCCUCUGUUCCUACGGAUUCUUUGAUGCCUCCAGUCCCGACUGGACGGCGAUACCCGCCAUGCCCCUUGUCAUUUCCUCCCGAGACAACGCCCAGGAAGCAGCAGGUCUGGGGUUCUUUUCGCACGAAGAAAUGAUAUUCGAUACCAACACAGGCCGGGCAUCGCCGCAUGUGUGGAAUGCCAUUCUCUGGGAUUACCUCCAGCGCCAGCUCUACAAGCUCCAGACGGGAUAUGCCAUGCCGACACAGUUUUCGUGGAACGACUGUCUCAUUUGUGGUCAUCAAGUGUACUUGUCGCAAGGACCCCAAAAGCGAAAGCAUGGCGGCGACGAUGCGUCGUCGUCGAUUGCACAGAUUCAAGAGAGUCUCCAACACUUGAAAAAGAGCGACGAUCACACGAGCCAAGUAUUGUUGGGCAGGCAUCAUCGAGAACUUACCCAAGUGCUCCUCCGUGUGGUGGAAAAUGUCCUGGAUACCAUUGGACCUGUGCCCGAGGAAAAGAGCCAAGAGUUUUGUUACAAGCAUCCCAACUGGAAACUACUCCACGAUUUUCAUCAGAAUUUCGAAUCCGUCUACUUGAAGGUCCAGGAGUACUUGACCAUGGAAAUGGCCAACUACUAGCUAUCUAGCUAGCUAGAAGCAACACUCUUCGUGGCGCGGGGGUCCAAAGAUGCACAAACUUGAAGUAUGUCUGUCUACUUGGAUCCUCAUUCACCGUCUCCGAGUUAUUCUUGCCUUGGCACUGCAAGAUUGAAGAUUCGAUUCCUUUCUCUAUCUCUGUCUGUAUACCUGGAUUCCCUUCCAUAGAAGGCUCUCCCCUUGGACCUGAUUCUUUCUACGAGCGUUUUGUAGAAGAGGACCAUUGUAAUCUAUAAAGUUAUGAUUUGUUUUGU